GCCAAUAUCCCCUCUGGCACCAGCCAGGAAACGCUUACCAGUUUGUUCAAUCCGUUCGGACUCGUUGCCAGCAUUGAGUUGAACAGGCACCAUGCCGUGAUUGAGUACGAGGAGACCACGGACUGCUGGCAUGCUCUUCAGAACAUGAAUGGGUUUGCUGUGGGAGACGAGUUCCUAGUGGUGGAGUUGAUGAAGUAG